AUGAGUAUAUUUUUCUUGAGUCUUAUAUUUCUCUGUUUGACUCGUGUCAGAUUUGCCGGUGCUGAUAUAAUAUUUAUAGCAAUCAUUAGUGUUCUUUACUACCUGAUGCGUAACUCGACCGCGUAUCAGAAGCUCAAGGCCGAGAUUGACGCAGCCUUCUCCGACAGCACGCUCUCUACCCCGGUCCCUUAUAAGACAGCAAUCAAGCUACCGUACCUAAAGGCCGGUAUCAACGAGAGUAUGCGUCUUCAUCCAGGGGUUGCCUUGGCCAUGCCUCGAGAAGUCCAGGCCGAUGGAGCAACCAUAUCCGACUUCCAUUUCCCAGCAGGUUACCGUGUUGGAGUCAAUCCUGCUGUGGUACAAUACGACAAAGAUGACCGUAUGUCGAAGAAUUCAAUCCAGAUUGCUGGCUGGAAGGUGAUGGAGCGCAGAUGGAAAGGGCCAUGA